AUGAAGACAAGCACCAUCGCCGGCCUUUUCGCCGCUACCGGCCUUGUUUCGGCGGCGUCCAAGUGCAAGAGCCGGGAUACCACCUCUAAACCCGAGGUCCUUGAACCGGCCCAGAACCGCGAGCUCGGCGCCCAGCGCCUCAAGUUCCGCUAUGGACCCCUCCUCGUCCCCGGAGUCCACGACCCGGACACCAUGGGCAUGAAGGAGUUCCAGGGUUUCAUUCAGCCCCCGUGCACCGACUGCUACAUCACCCACUACCAGGCCGGCCUCGAGUUCGAAGACGGCACCAACGCCAACGCCCACACGGGCAUGUGGCUGCACCACACCGUCCUCUUCGACCUUAGCCAGCAGGACCCUAUGUGCGAGGAAGCGCCCAUCAGGCUCUUUGCGUCCGGAAACGAGCGCAGCCCCAUCGACCUCUCCAUCAACGGCACCCGCAACGCCGGCAUCUACCUCCCCACCAACGCCAACGUCACCCACGUCACCGAACUCAUGAACGAGUCCGCCCUCUCUCGCACCGCCUUCCUCACCACCGACAUCGCCUGGGACGCCACGUUCGCCGGCGAGAUCCUCGCCACCAUCGGCCACCUCCACGACGGCGGCCUCCGCCAGGAUCUCCAACUCAACGGCGAGAACCUCUGCCAGCAUACCGCCCGCUACGGCGAGGCCGCCGAGUUCAUCACCCACGUCGGCAUGUACGGCAACGAGGACACCACCGGCGCCGAGGGGGCGGACCACGAUCACGGCGACGGCUCGCACUCCCACGACGAGAACGAGGACGCCCCCGCGGCCGGGAAGGCGAGGCCGGGCACGAUCACGGGCGAGGCCGACCACGACCACGGCGCGGGCGAGGAAGAGGGCCACACGCACGAAGAGGAGGGCGGCCACGACCACGGCGCCGACGGCCACAUCACCCACAUUUCGUCUAUCCGCAACUGCGAUGAGCUCGGCCGAUUCGCCGUCGGCGACGAGUUCUCCAUCACGUCCUUUUACAACUUCACCCUGCACCCCGCCAUGGCUGGGCACCACGGCGGCCUCGAGCCCGUCAUGGGCAUCACUAUUCUGUACGCGCUCAAGGACGAGGAAUAA